GCACAACAAUUUCUGAUCGUACAUGCACGUAUUGUACAUCAAGAGAAUUAAAAACACUUUGAUCUGAAUCAAGUUUCUAUUGAAGCGCAAAAAUACACAAAACUACCUUGAGCCGACCCAUCUACAGGCGGACAUUACAAAAAAAUAUCUUUCAUAUAUAAACGUUGUAUUGACAAUUCAGCAUAACAAACGAGAAAUCAGUCCAAUCGGUCAAGUCAAGUGAUGCUCCUUUAUAGAUAGAACGAUUGCUUGUUUUAAUUUACAUAAAUGUUACUCCUUCAAAAUUCGGGAAUACAUUUUAAUUGAGUGCGUAUGUGUGUGUGUGUGUGUGUGUGUGUGUGUGUGCUUAAUUGCAAUUUCACAAGAUUUAAACCGCAAUAUAACCGCGUUAUGAUAUUUUGAUUAAUUACAUGUUUUUUUUAAUUUAUUUUUAUUUUUUGCAUAAACGGGUGAAAGACCCAUAAUUCUCCAAUGUGACAACGUAGAUUUUUUUUAUUGCUUAGAUAGUUAGACGAGCUCACAGCCCACCUGAUGUUAAGUGGUUACUGGAGCCCAUAGACAUCUACAACGUAAAUGCGCCACCCACCUUGAGAUAUAAGUUCUAAGGUCUCAAUAUAGUUAUAACAGCUAUCCCACCCUUCAAACCGAAACACAUUACUGCUUCACGGCAGAAAUAGACGGGGUGGUGGUACCUACCCGUGCGGUAAUAUGCCACUUUGUGACACGAAAACCAAGUAUCGAUUUUGUUUUGUUCCCAUCUGGGAAAAUCCAUCGCUAUCCCAUCCUUUAAGCCGGAACGCAAGGCUGCUUUACGACAGAAAUAGGCAACAGUAAUGGUGCCUAUCCGUGCAGGCUUACAGUACGCCGCGCAGUAAAGCUUAGCAUCUUUAUAACGACGCCUAAAAAUACAAUAAUUAAAAUUUAAUAAACAGUGAUUCUGUAAGAAAUAUUCUAUGUACCGCCGCCUCAUUAAACAAAUUAAUUUAAGCCAAUCACAAACAUGUAUUGUGCAAAUAGCUUAACAGAGCUACAAUAAAUCUUUUACCUUUAAACGAGCAAUUCUUGUAUAUUAAUAUAUACAUUAUAAUCUGAAUCUCGGAAACGGCUCCAACGAUUUUCAUAAAAUUUAGUAUACAGGGGAUUUCGGGGGCGAUAAAUUGAUCUAGCUACGAUUUAUUUUCAAAAAAUGUUGUUUUAUUCGUGUUUUCAAUAAUCAACUCUUCCCGACAUCUAUUGGCGAAUAAUAAUACUAUUUUUCUUAAUUGAGGGCAACUAACCGCUUUAAAGAUACAAUAAGAUGGCGUUAUCAAAAAAAAAACCGAGCAAAACUCGAUCAUCAUCUAGUUUAACAUUAUAUGUAGUUCACGGUUAUAUAAAUAAUGUUUAAAACGAAAUACAUUUAAUACGACAAUAGUUAUCUUAACGUGAUGUUAAAGGUUGCGUGUGUUAUCAUUAUAUUUUACGCAUUUCUGUAUCAUAGUGAAGCGCGUAAGUAAAUAUUAAUCAAGUAAUUCCAUCGAUAGUGCGUAUACAACUUCACUUUGAGAAGGCGGCACGACAUGAGAAACCUCUUGUCGUGGCCGCUGGGAAUUACAUACCCGAUCCUGUAGACCGAAUGGUAAAUAGUCGACGUCGCCCAAAACACGUCAUUACGGAGCCUCCCGAUCCAUUAACGGUGCUUUUAGGUAACACAAGCACCGGUCACCGUCCUCGUCGAACCCGUCGUUUGCGACGAAGGGCUCGACGAGCGAAUUAACCCACGGACACAGCCCACUGUGUUUCUCGCCGGAUAUUCUCAGUGGGUCGCGUUUCCGAUCCGGUGGUAGAUUCUGCGAAGCACUGCUCUUGUUAGAGCCAGUGUUAGCAACACUCCGGUUUGAGCCCCGUGAACUCACCUACAUGUUAGGGCGAAGCUGAAAUAGCCUCUCAAGGCUAUCAACAUAGGUAGGUUAAAAAAAAAUAUGCAGCUAUUAUUUCUGCCAACAAGCCGUAGGCGUACGAUUAUAAAACCUACGCGUUUCGGUUUGAAGGGCGGGGCAGCGGUUGUAUUGUAAAACUGAGACUUAGAACUCGUAUCUUUUUUUUAUUGCCCUUGUAGGCAAACAAAUAUUCGGUCCACCUGAUCGUGAGUGGUUACCAUCGUCCAUGGACUUCGGCUAUGUCAGGGACAGAGCCAAGCCGCUGCCUACCGAUAAUGUCUCUAGGUGGGUGGCGGCAUUCACGUUGUUGAUAUCUGUUGAUGGCUUCGGUGGCCACUAAGCACCAGGUGUGAGUUCGUUCACCUAUCGAAGCAAUAAAAAAACUGCUACAAUGCAAUUAUGUUCAAUUCGAAAAGUGGAACAUCAGUGUAAUCAUGCUAUUGAUAUUUCGAUGUCAUCUCCUAAGAUCUCGGAAUCAAGAACUUUGAAAACCAGGUUAGAUGCGAGUAUAUCUAUAAAAAAAUGUUUUAUUAAAAUUAAGCUUGCUGUUAUAUUUAUUGUACAAAACUUUUAGUGCCUUCAGAUCUUUGUCGAAUUCGGCCCAAAGAUAAACAUUGUCUUAUAGAGUAUAUGGCUCGGAACAGAUGGUCGCAUCAAAUAAGAGUAUUCAAAAGGUUCCGAGAAGUGAAUCCAGACUUAAUACCGAAACGAAUGACGGAGAACCAGGCACACACUAUAGCGGUUCCCGUGGAAGAAAUAGAGAAACUACCUGAGCUUAAAGAAAACCCGUUCAAAAGGCGCAUAUGUCAAGUGUUUUCUCACGAUGGCUCCGGGAACCUUACCUUUGAAGAUUUCCUCGACAUGAUGUCGGUGUUCAGUGAAGCAGCACCAAGGGAUAUUAAAGCAUGGUACGCCUUCAGAAUUUAUGAUCUCGACGACGACAUGUACAUAGGUCGAGAGGACCUUUUGGAGGCCACUCGAUUGUUGACGAAGGGAGAGCUUCACGCUCAAGAGAGGGAGGAAAUUGUGGCCAGUGUUUUGGACGAGGCUGACGUAGACGGAGACGGAAGACUAUCCUUCAUGGACUUCGAACACGUGGUUGUGCGUGCACCGGACUUCCUAUCCACGUUUCACAUUAGAGUAUGAAUAGAUGAUGGCGUCUUUUAAUAAAUUUAUAGAAAGUUA